UUCGGUUUUAUCAGAGCGCACUGCUUCUUGGAUUGACGCGGUUUGAUUUGAUGCCAUCACCACCAGCUGGAGUAAAGCUGGGCGCUUUCCUGACAGCGACUCCGAAUCUAAAGCUCAGCGAGAGGUUCAGAGGUAGCCGCGGCCACACACAGCAUAGCUAGGGGCCCCUCCGCGUCGAGGAUUGAACAGCGGGGCGGGGGCCGAGGAGCGCUGCCUACCCCAUGAGACAGCCGGGACCCUGCGCCCAGGCUCCCUCGAGGGCCUGGGCAGGGCGCGCCCUAGGACCCAGGCAGGAGCGGGGAGCCAGGCCUGGGCUCCGAGUCUCCCAGACUUUCUUCGUUGUAGCCAUCGUCUGGGUCUUGCUGCAGGCUGUACCUGCCUCAGCUGAAACCAUCAACAAUGAUGAUCAAUUACUUGCCUCAAAGCCACAGAAACAUAGCCCUCUGGGAGACGACGUGUGUCCACCAGAAUCUUAUCAAUCAGAACACGGUGGAAAUUGUAACCAGAACAUAGCUGGUGGAGGCUACACCAAUGAUUCCAUCAACUUAUCUUUUUGCUGCCCAUGCAGAGUUUGUAAAUCAGAUGAAGAAGAGCUAAGUCCCUGCACCGGGACCAGGAACAGAGUGUGUCAGUGCAAGCGAGGCACCUUCCGGGAAGAAGAUUCCACCGAGAUAUGUCGUACAUGCAGAACACGGUGCCCCAGUGGGAAGGUUCCAGUCAGUAAUUGUACGCCAGAGAGUGACAUCAAGUGUGAAGAAAAAUCAGGUACAAAGCCCACUGGGGAAGCCCCAGCUGCGGAGGAGACAGUGACCGCCAGCCUGGGGACUCCUGUCUUUUCCUGUCUUUUCUCAGACAAUGGACUUGUGUUGGAGAUUUCACUUGCGAGUGCUGUGGUUGUGUUCCUUCUGAUUGUGGCCAUACUGCUUAUCUAUUGUUACAUCCGCUCAGGUUGUGGAAGAGACUCCAGGUGCAUGGGCAGAGUCUGUUCCUUCUGCUGGUGUACUCUACGAGGGCCAGAGGCCAAGGACAAUGACCACAAUGAGAUUCUGGACAACGCAGACUCGCUGUCCACUUUCGCUUCUGAGGAGCCAAUGGAAAGCCAGGAGCCAGCAGAUUUGACAGAUGUCAUUGUACAGUCCCCCGGGGAGGCACAGUCUCUGCUGAGACCAGCAGAAGACAAAGGGUCUCAGAGGACAAGGUUGCUGGUUCUACCAAAUGGCGCUGACCCCACUGAGACUCUGAGGCAGUGCUUCCACUACUUUACAGACCACGUGUCCUUUAACUCCUGGGACCAGCUCAUGAGGCUGCUGGGCCUCGCGGAAAAUGAGAUCUGCGUGGCCAGAGCUGAGGCAGCAGGACCAAGUGAUGCCUUGUAUGUAAUGCUGACGAAAUGGGUCAACAAAACUGGGCGGAACGCCUCUAUCCACACCCUGCUGAAUGCUUUGGAGAUGAUGGGAGAGAGACAUGCAAAGGAGAGGAUUGAGGACCUCCUCGUGAACUCUGGAAAGUUCAUCUACCAGGAAGAUGGCACGGGUGCUGCCCAUGUCUCGGAAAAAAGUCUCUUUUUACUAGAGGUUUCCUCUUAGGUGUUAAUACUUAUUAGGUUAUUUAAACGUUUAUUUAAAAUAAAUACUUAGCUCGGUGCAGUG